CUUCAUAAUAGCAACUCAAGGGGAAGGCCCUCUACCUCAGCAGAGCUCAUAGGAUCAUGGGAAUUGUGAAGCCAGCAUGGUUGGAAGCCCUCUACACACAGAAGUUCUUUGUGGGGUGUGCAGUUCAUGACAGUGCAAAGAAGAAUGAGAAGAACAUCUGCUGCUUGGAUUGUUGCACCAGCAUUUGCCCCCACUGCCUCCCUUCCCAUCGCUCCCAUCGUCUCGUCCAGGUUCGCCGUUACGUCUACCACGACGUUGUUCGACUCGAAGACCUGGAGAAGCUCAUAGACUGCUCUAACGUUCAGGCUUAUACCAUAAAUGGUGCGAAAGUGGUGUUUAUCAAGAAGAGACCUCAGAAUAGGCAGUUCAAAGGCUCUGGAAACUACUGUACUUCAUGUGACAGAAGCCUACAAGAACCUUAUAUCCACUGCUCUCUAGGCUGCAAGGUGGACUAUGUGCUGAAAUACAAAAGGGACCUAUCUCCUUACUUGAGAGCAUGCAACUCUUUGCAACUGAGUCCAGACUUUUUAGUCCCUCAAGAAAUGGGGGACGAAGAGGCUGGGGAUCGGUCAACGAUCGUGGACUGCGACGAGCAAAUGAGCUCGUCAUCGGGGUCAUCGGGGACGUCGUCGGCGGAGAACAUGAGCAUGGCAUGCACGGAGAUGGUCCGGAGGAAGAAGACAAGUGGGAUGUAUGAGUGCAGAAGAUCAGCUAGUAAGGUUUCAGAAGAGGACAAUAUGGCUUCGAGCAUGAUCAUGAGUAGGAGAAAAGGCAUUCCUCAUAGGUCUCCUCUCUGUUAA